GAGAAGACGACGACAUCAAUGUCAGACACAGUCUGCCACAGCCAUUAAAGCUCCCACACCUAUAUAAAACUCAAUCCACUUUCGAUUGGCACCAAGAUAAUACUGCGAUACACUGUGAUCGGAAUUUCUAUGGGUUUAGUGGCGAACACCAGCUGCCGGAGCCAUUAUCUAACCACUGCCGCAAUGUUUUCGCCCUUUAACACUGCAGCUUCACUCUCGAAAGCCAUGAUUCUGCGCUCGAGCUUUUGCCCCCGGAGAACUAUCUGUUUUAGACCUACGCCAGUUCCUUGUCUCUCCACUCAACCGCAUUGUUUGGUUCGAGUUAAGGCCUUAUCUUCUGAUGGCUCCAAGGGUAAAGUUUUAGCAGCAGAUGGAUCACCGGUGCGCAUUGGAUUUCUUGGUCUAGGAAUCAUGGGAUCUCCGAUGGCACAAAAUCUCAUAAAAGCAGGAUGUGACGUUACUGUUUGGAAUAGAACGAAAGGCAAAUGUGACCCCCUCAUCUCCUUGGGUGCGAAAUAUAAGCCCUCACCCGAGGAAGUAGCUGCCUCUUGUGAUGUCACAUUUGCAAUGCUCGCCGAUCCCCAAAGUGCAGUUGAUGUUGCUUGUGGAAAGAACGGAGCUGCGAGUGGUAUGGCCCCUGGAAAAGGUUAUGUAGAUGUGUCAACUGUUGACGGCGCCACUUCCAAAAUGAUCAGCUCGAGUAUAAAAUCGACUGGAGCACAAUUUUUGGAGGCUCCAGUUUCUGGAUCGAAGAAACCAGCUGAAGACGGACAGUUAAUAUUCCUUACUGCAGGCGACAAAUCUCUGUACGAAACUUCCGGCCCCUUUUUAGACAUCAUGGGAAAGUCAAGAUUUUACCUUGGAGACGUUGGUAAUGGUGCUGCCAUGAAACUCGUCGUCAAUAUGAUCAUGGGAAGCAUGAUGGCAUCCUUUUCCGAAGGUCUGAUUCUCAGUGAAAAAGUCGGGCUCGAUCCAAGUAUUCUGGUGCAGGUUAUCUCGCAAGGGGCGAUCAGCUCGCCAAUGUACGCCAUGAAAGGGCCUUCGAUGGUUCAGUCGUCAUAUCCUACGGCAUUCCCGUUGAAGCAUCAGCAGAAGGACCUUCGACUCGCGCUCGGAUUGGCUGAGUCGGUGUCGCAACCGACACCGAUUGCCGCGGCGGCGAAUGAGCUCUACAAAGUGGCGAAAUCCCGCGGCCUCAGCGACGAUGAUUUCUCGGCAGUGAUUGAAGCUCUGAAGGUGAAAAUAGAACAGCAGGGAUGAUAGAGUGCUGGUGAAUUUCUUUCGGGAGGCUUACCGUUGAGUGUUGGUAAAUAAAAUUUCACCGCCGGUUGAAAAUUGGUACGGAUUUCGAAAAUAAUGUUACAUUUGUUUUUAGUCGGAUUUAAUCUAUUGAUUUUAAUUUCAAUGUUAAA